AUGCGAGAGCUGCGCAGUGGAGUACGAAAACACCGUGCUCCAGUAGAACCACCCCUGCAGCAGUGUCGCCGCCAAAACCAGCCUGCGAAGAAGCUAAAACAAUCGGAGCAUCUGGUGGGAAAUUAUAUAAAAACCAGGGCCGCCAAAGCGAAAGAAAAAGGGAAAGAGGCGACCGAGGAAGCGGAGGCACUGAAGCCUAGGCGACAAGCAACGAAGAGGAAGGGGAAAGAGGUCGUUGUGGCUGAGGAGAAGGAGGGCUCAGGAGAGAAAAAAGGUGAUAGUUUCAAGAAAGAGAAGAUGGGGGAUGAGAGUGGAGGGUUGAGUGCUAAUAAUAAUAAGGGUACUGGCCAGGAGGAAGAAGGGAACACUGCACCUUUUCCUGAGAGGGUUCAAGUAGGAGGCUCACCGGUCUAUAAGAUUGACAGGAAGUUGGGUAAAGGUGGAUUUGGUCAGGUAUUUGUGGGCCGCCGUGUUUCAGGAGGAAAUGAACGCACGACUGGUCCUGGAGCUAUGGAGGUAGCUCUGAAAUUUGAGCAUAGAAAUAGCAAAGGCUGUAACUAUGGCCCUCCCUAUGAGUGGCAAGUCUACAACACUCUUGGUGGCAGUCAUGGAGUUCCUAAAGUACACUAUAAGGGAAAGCAAGGAGACUACUAUGUUAUGGUUAUGGACAUUCUAGGGCCUAGCUUAUGGGAUGUAUGGAAUUCUUCGGGACAGUCGAUGUCAUCAGAAAUGGUAGCUUGUAUUGCCGUUGAAUCUUUGUCAAUCUUAGAAAAAAUGCACUCAAGAGGUUAUGUGCAUGGAGAUGUAAAACCAGAGAAUUUUCUUCUCGGCCAGCCUUCGACAGCACAAGAGAAGAAGUUGUUUCUUGUUGACUUGGGAUUGGCAACAAAGUGGAGGGACAGCGGUAAUGGACAGCAUGUUGAAUACGAUCAACGUCCUGAUAUGUUCAGAGGGACAGUUCGAUAUGCUAGUGCACAUGCACACCUGGGAAGGACUGCCAGUAGAAGAGACGACCUAGAAUCACUUGCUUAUACACUCAUUUUUCUUCACCGAGGCAGACUACCAUGGCAAGGGUAUCAGGGUGAUAAUAAAUCAUUCCUAGUUUGCAAGAAAAAGAUGGCUACAUCUCCAGAAAUGCUGUGCUGCUUCUGCCCUGCACCUCUUAAACAAUUUCUUGAGAUUGUAGUGAACAUGAAGUUCGAUGAAGAGCCCAACUAUAUGAAGCUAAUAUCUCUGUUUGAGGGACUGAUUGGACCGAAUCCUGCUGUUAGGCCAAUAAACACGGAUGGUGCUCAAAAGAUCAUCUAUCAAGUUGGUCAAAAAAGGGGUAGAUUGAAUCUUGAGGACGAAGAUGAUGGGCAGCCUAAGAAGAAGGUUCGUAACGGAAAUCCUGCAACACAGUGGAUAUCAAUUUACAAUGCCAGGCUACCUAUGAAACAAAGGUACCAUUAUAAUGUCGCGGAUGCAAGAUUGGGACAACAUGUAGAGCGAGGAAAUGCAGAUGGUUUACUUAUAAGCUGUGUGGCAUCUUGUUCCAACUUAUGGGCUCUCAUAAUGGAUGCUGGAACUGGCUUCACAAGUCAAGUCUAUGAGCUGUCACCUUUUUUCUUACACAAGGAAUGGAUCAUGGAACAAUGGGAGAAGAAUUAUUACAUCAGUUCAAUUGCUGGUGCUAACAAUGGAAGCUCUCUGGUGGUGAUGUCCAAAGGCACCCAAUACUCGCAACAGUCUUACAAAGUAAGCGACUCCUUUCCUUUCAAGUGGAUAAAUAAGAAGUGGAGAGAAGGGUUCCAUGUGACCUCUAUGGCAACUGCUGGUAGCCGAUGGGGUGUGGUCAUGUCUCGCAAUGCUGGCUUUAGUGAUCAGGUUGUGGAGCUUGAUUUUCUGUACCCAAGUGAGGGCAUCCACAAACGCUGGGACAAUGGUUACCGUAUUACCUCAACAGCCGCUACCGGGGAUCAAGCUGCUCUUAUCUUGAGUGUGCCCAGGCGCAAACUUACUGAUGAGACUCAGGAGACUUUACGAACAUCUCAGUUUCCAAGCACACAUGUUAAGGAAAAAUGGGCGAAGAAUCUUUAUCUUUCUUGUGUGUGCUAUGGACGAACAGUAUCUUGA